GCAUUUUUAGUGUAAUUUUCGACGUGAAGAAAUCGAGACGUUCGUGUGAGUAGCGGAGUCUUAAUUUCCUUGCAGCUUAAGCGAAACGCGUAUAAUAAAUGUGGAACAGCAUGCAAAUCGAAUUACAAUAACAAGCGAUUCCGAAAGAAUCGACGACAGUCAAGCAAAAGCACUAAAAGCGGAAAGUGAAGCAAACAAAAUAAAACAUUAAUUUUGCGGCUAUCGAGCAGCAAGCAACAAAUUCAAUAAGAAGAAACACUAUCGAAAUUCAAGUAAAAGGCCCAAAAGCAGGCAACGCGGCAACAAGUUCAAAAUGUGGAACCAAAAGGCAACAGCAGCAACAAGUGAUAAUAACAAGGAAAAGGCACCAACAACAACCACCACAACAGCAGCGGACGAUUGUAGCUGUGCUGCUGAUGGUGUUAGUGUUGCCAGCACUGCCAAUCCAGCCAGUGUUGAGCAACAACCCAAAGUGCCCGCAACAAUUGAAAAUAACAGUAAACAAAUAACAGCAACAACAACAAACACAACAUCAUCAUUUGGCGGCAGAAGUAACGAGAGCAGCAGCAGCGAAAAAAAAGAAUUAGCAGCACAAAGCGAAACAACUGAUUCUGGUUUCAUCUCUGGUCCGCAAUCAACGCAAAUCUUUAGUGAGGAAAUAUUCGAAGAUAACGACGAAGAGUCGUCAUCGGACAAGGGCCAACAAAAACCAGAGCAACAGCAACAACAACAAUUGGGUAAAGAUAAGAAGCCAGCAACGGCAACAGUGUCGGAUUCGGGUUUUCUAACCGAGGAAAUUGAAGUCUCUGGAGAGCAGCAGACAGAGCAAGAGCAGGAACAGGAGACGGAAAUGCGCCUCAAAUACAAUGUCGACAAGGGCACCAAGCAAUGGACGGUACAAUCGAGCCUGGCCAGCGACGAGCCUAUUAACAAUCUCAAUUCAGCCACAACAACUGCCAAUAAUCCCCCCAGCAGCAACAAUACAACAACAACUGGACGCAACAAGAAUGCAGCACAGACAACAACAAAUGUUGGACUCAAUAAUAGCAACAUCAUGAACGCAUGGGAGCAAUUCUUUCAACAGAACGACGAUGGCGACACUCCAUUGCAUUUGGCCUGCAUCUCUGGCUAUAUGGAUGUGGUUGAAGCCUUGAUUCGCAUGGCACCGCAUCCAUGCCUCUUGAAUAUCCAAAACGAUGUAGCACAGACUCCACUGCAUUUGGCUGCUCUAACCGCACAGCCAACAAUUCUGCGCAGGCUUCUUCUGGCUGGCGCCGAGCCCACAGUACGUGAUCGACAUGGCAAUACAGCACUCCAUCUAUCCACAAUCGCGGGCGAGAAGCAAUGUGUGCGCGCUCUAACCGAGAAAUUUGGCGCUAGUGAGAUCCAGGAGGCGCAUCGUCAUUAUGGCUACCUUUCAAACGAUAAGGCAGUCAGUUCGCUGAGCUAUGCCCGCCUGCCCGCCGAUCUGGAGAUGCGCAAUUAUGAUGGUGAACGUUGCGUACAUUUGGCCGCUGAGGGUGGACACAUUGACAUUUUGCGCAUUUUAGUAUCACACGGAGCCGACAUUAAUGCCAGGGAGGGAAAAGGUGGACGCACACCACUGCACAUUGCUAUCGAGUACUGCAAUGAGGAUCUGGCCAACUUUUUGCUGGAUGAGUGCGAGAAACUGAACCUAGAGACAGCCACAUAUGCCGGACUAACGGCAUAUCAAGUCGCAAGCGUAUUGAAUAAGUCACGUAUGCAGAACAUACUCAAGAACCGCGGUGCUGAGACAUUAACGCCGCCCGAUAGUGAUUGUGACAGUAGCGAUAUUGAAGAUUUAGACGAUACGAAGGUGAGCGUCACAGCCUAAAAACAAAAAAUCCAAGCAAAGCUAAAUCAAUACAAAAAUCAAAAAGCAUUCAUUGAAAAGCAUUGAUACACCCAUAGUAGCAUUAGGUCUCAAUGCAAAAACAGCUUCCAAAAUGUUCAAACAAAAAAAUAGAAAGAAAGAGUAGAACUGUAAAAUACAAACAAGCUGAACUGGUAUUCAGUUGAUGAAAAUGAAAUGAAUAAUUGUACGGUAACACUUAUGUAUGUAUUGUUAAUUCAACCAAAAGAAAAAAAACACAAAAAAGGAAAAAUCAAAAUCAAGGGAAGCAAACAAAAUCAAGAAACAACAAAAAAAAGAACCAACCAGAAAAAGAAUAUAGCAGCAUAGAUAAGUUAAUAUAUUAUAACCAACUACAAAUUAGACAUGCUCUAUGUUUUAGUAGAGCAUCGAUUGAAAGCUGAAUGUUGCCCACUGUAAGAAUCCACCAACAAAAUAACGAACAAAAUGCAAUAUACAUACAACAUUAUCUCUAGAUUAAAUGUAAACAAAAAGAAAACGAAGAUAUAUCCAUCUUUCAUCUGUAUACAUAUGAAAUAUUAUAUUUAUGCUGUUAUAUGACGUAACUGUCACCUGCCCCUCUCGUCCCCUCCCCAAAUAUCUUCUAACUGUUGUCUAAUUUAAGCUGUCUAUGUAACUUGAUGUUUGUCACUCUCUAUCUCGCUGUCUCAUGCGUGCGAUUCUUUAACUAUAUAUCUAUCUGUACUUUUUAUCUGUGUGUGUGCGUCUUGUUUGUUGUGUAUAAAUGUGUGUGCGUGUAUGUGUAAUAUAUAGAUAUGUAUAACUAAAAAUAGAUCUAGAACUAGAACUAUACGAAAUGUAUUUACGUGUUUUUUUAGCAGUCAAACAUGUUGUUUUGGCUUCUCUCUUAACUCUUAACCACUUAUCAUCAUAAAAAAAGGAAACAAGAAAAGAAAAGCAAAUGCAAAAGAAGAAACUUGAACCACAUAACAUUAAAUAUGCGCUAGUUAAUUAAGUUAGUUAAAUCUAAUUGAUGUGUUUUAAUGUUCUCUGACUGAAUGAAUUAUGUUUGCAAAAAUAAAACAUUUUAUUCGAAAA